AUCAGCAUCACAUUACAUCGUCCUUUGUCCCCGAGAAUUCAGGGAGUUUGGGGAUGGUCCACAGCCUUACCAAGCUCACAUGCACGGUUGAAUUUCGCUUUGCCAUGUGUCAACCUCCCACGGUUCAUUUUGGACAGAGAUAAAGCACUUGUUUUUACCCUUAAAGAAUGUGAAUAUUUUUUAAGUCAACAAGCAACAUACUUUUUAGUUAGGUUAAUAUAUAAGUUACAGAAACAAAAAUUAUUUGGAUUCUCAUGGUUCUCUCUCUUUAAGCCCCUCUUCUCUGGCCGUCUGUAGAUGUCGGAGAGGACUAUGAAGUCUUGGAGUGUGCCUUUUCAGGACAGAAUUGAUGGCUAUAGCAGAAACGAGAGAUGCCUCAACACGGGAAAUAUGGUGCCUUUUGUUUUGACGUCUCUGUUCAUAUCCUCCAUUUUCGGUGUCUUCCUUCUCCGUUCCCCUUACCCUCUGUCUGCCAUAAUGUCCACUCGAGGCUCUGACGCAGUUGAAAAACACUUCCCAGAGCAACAAGAGCUUGGUAGUGCAAACUUUAAGUCCAAAUCACAAAACGAGCAGAAAUCGUGUGACCUGUUUAAGGGUCGGUGGGUUGCAGCUCCAAGAGGAUCGUACUACACAAGUUCUAGCUGUAGGACAAUCCCAGAUACGAAAAACUGUCUGAAACAGGGCAGGAAAGAUAGCGAUUUUCUCAACUGGAAGUGGAAGCCAGAGGAAUGCGAACUUCCGAGGUUUGACCCCAAAACAUUCCUUGACAUGGUUCGAGGGAAGAAAAUGGCGUUCAUCGGAGACUCUGUGUCUAGGAACCACAUGGAGUCCCUCCUCUGCCUUCUAUCACAGGAAGAAAUCCCAAAGGAUAUAUAUGAAGACCCCGAAGAUCGGUUCCGAAAAUGGUAUUUCGCAGAGCACAACUUCACUCUCAUGUCCCUGUGGAGCAGAUUUCUGAUAGUAGGAGAGGAAAGAAUCACAAACGGCACAGGGUCCAGCAUUUUUGACAUGCAGCUGGACAAGGUGGACGAUGAUUGGGCCACAGAGUUUUCCGACCUGGAUUACGCAAUAAUCUCAGACGGGCAUUGGUUUUUCAGGGUGCUGUACCUUCAUGAAGCAAACAAACUAAAAGGAUGCGUAUACUGCCACGAACCAAAUAUCACGCACUACGACAUCGAUUUCCCCAUAAGAAUGGCCUUUCGUUCUGCAUUCAGAUACAUGAGCAACAGCAAGAGAAGAGUGACACUGUUAGUGAGAACAUUCGCGCCAUCUCACUUCGAGAACGGAACAUGGAACACCGGAGGGUACUGCAACAGGACGAGCCCGAUGAGUGAGGAAGAGGCUGACUUGGAGAGCGUAGAGUGGAAAGUGAGGAAUGUGCAGAUAGAGGAGGUGGAAAGAGCGAGGAAAGAAGAAGGGCAUAGAAUUGGGGUGGUGGACGUGACGAGGGCGAUGCUGAUGAGAGCAGAUGGGCAUCCCGGGGAGUACUGGGGAAACAAGUGGAUGAAAGGUUACAGUGACUGUACACACUGGUGUAUGCCUGGUCCCAUUGAUGCUUGGAAUGAGUUCUUGCUCGCACUUCUCACGAGGGAAGCUUGGUCCUGACCUGUCAUCACUAUGGAGUUCUGUAUCAGAUUUUUCUGAGUAGCUUCCUUUGCUCUUCCUCAAGUUGAGGCAUCCGGCUAUAUGCAUAUUCCACUUGUAUAUUAAGAAGCAUCAUGACAUCUCAUACUCUAGAGGAUCAUAACAUAUUUUUCAGCACUCGACACUCAUUAAAUAUUGUAUGCUAGAAUAUAAUAAUAUUCUUAUAGUGGUUCACUAUAUAAUUCUAAUUUCUCAUUUC